AUGGGCGACAGCGACCGCGGCGACCUGAUCAGGCACCAGAGGAUCCACACUGGGGAACGGCCCUAUGAGUGUUCCAAGUGUGGGAAGGGGUUUCAGACCAGCUCCCAUCUCCUCCAGCACUAUCGGAUUCACAGAGAGGAGAGGCCCUUCCAAUGCCCCGACUGCGGGAAGGGACUCAAGGACAACUCCACCCUUGUCAAGCACCGGCGCAUCCACACUGGGGAGAGGCCCUACGAGUGUCCCCAGUGUGGGAAGAGCUUCUCCAGCAGCUCUGACUUGACCCAACACCAACGGAGGCACCGGAUCCACACUGGGGAAUGGCCCUACGAGUGUGGGGAGUGUGGGAAAAGCUUCAGCCUGAGCUCCAUCCUGAUUGUGCACCAGAGGACCCACACUGGAGAAAGGCCGUACAAGUGUUCCGAGUGUGGGAUGUGCUUCAGCCAGAGCUCCGGCCUGAUCCAGCACCAGAGGAUCCACACUGGGGAACGGCCCUACGAGUGUGGGGAGUGUGGGAAGAGCUUCAGCCAGAGCUCCAGCCUGAACCAGCACCAGAGGAUCCACACUGGAGAAAGGCCGUACACGUGUUCCGAGUGUGGGAUGUGCUUCAGCCGGAGCUCCAGCCUGAUCAGGCACAAGAGGACCCACACUGGGGAGAGGCCCUGCGAGUGUUCCAAGUGUGGGAAGAGGUUUCAGACCAGCUCCCAUCUCCUCCAGCACUAUCGGAUUCACAGAGAGGAGAGGCCCUUCCAAUGCCCCGACUGCGGGAAGGGAUUCAAGGACAACUCCACCCUUGUCAGGCACCGGUGCAUGCACACUGGGGAGAGGCCCUACGAGUGUGAUAAAUGCAGGAAGAGGUUUCCGACCAGCUCCCAUCUCCUCCAGCACUAUCGGAUUCACACAGAGGAGAGGCCCUUCCGGUGCCCCAACUGUGGGAAGGGAUUCAAGCACAACUCCACCCUCAUCACCCACCGGCACAUCCACACUGGGGAGAGGCCCUACGAGUGUCCCCAGUGUGGGAAGAGCUUCUCCAGCAGCUCUAACUUGACCCGACACCAACGGAGCCAUGGUGGGGAGAAGCCCCACACGUGCGUGGAGUGUGGGAAGAGCUUCAGGUGGAGCUCCAGCCUGAUCAUGCACCAGAGGACUCACACUGGGGAGAAGCCCUACGAGUGUGGGGAGUGUGGGAAGAGCUUCAGCCAGAGCUCCAGCCUGAACCAGCACCAGAGGAUCCACACUGGAGAAAGGCCGUACACGUGUUCCGAGUGUGGGAUGUGCUUCAGCCCGAGCUCCAGCCUGAUGACGCACAAGAGGACCCACACUGGGGAGAGGCCCUACGAGUGUUCCAAGUGUGGGAAGAAGUUUCCGACCAGCUCCUGUCUCCUCCUGCACUAUCGGAUUCACAGAGAGGAGAGGCCCUUCCGCUGCCCCGACUGCGGGAAGGGAUUCAAGUACAACUGCAACCUCAUCACUCACCGGCGCAUCCACACUGAGGAGAGGCCCUACGAGUGUCCCCAGUGUGGGAAAAGCUUCUCACACAGCUCUGUCUUGACCUGA